UCAUAAACACUUUACAUCCCUUGAAUCGCAUGCGGUCACGCUCUCUCUCUUUCGCUCUCGAUCCGCCCCUCUUUCCUGUCUAUAUGAUCAGAACACAUUUGAAUUUCUAUUUUAAUGCUCUCAUGGGUUAUGGGUGGAAAGACAGUCGAAUAGAGUCAUGACGUCGGAAACCGCUUCUGGUGACAGCACCCCAACUGUGCUUGCCCUCUUCUUCUUGUUGAUCAUACUUGUUUUGGUUCUAGUCUUCUUUUAUAAAAAACUAAAUAAAGAAACAAAUGGGCAGUACGAAGUCAAUCGCAUAAUCUUUGCUGAAGGCGGCAUUCGUGACCAAUUAAGAGAAAGAGUUGAAGCUGUGGAAACCAGAUUAGGUGUCCACCUUUGGCCCCAAACCCGUAAUGAAGACGAAGAAGGCCUAAAAGCUAACGAUGAGGAGGAAGCAGAUAAAGACAAAGAUAAUGAAAGUCAGGCAGACGAGGGAGAAGAAGAGGACAGCCACAACAAGGAUGAUUCUUCAGAUGACUAUUCCAGCAUUGACCUGAGGGAGAGGGCAAAUCAGAAAAAAGAGGAAAAGAAUGAUGGGAAGACUGAAGUCGAAGAAGACAAGAAGAAACCGAUAGAAGAGGCAGCGGGAAAGGCUGAUAAACCCAAAGAAGAGCUGAAAAAUGAAGAGAAUGUGAAAUUGCUUGUAGACUUUAAGCCAUUUGGAGGAAGCGCUACUUGGUCUGAGCAGAACAAAGACGAAGAAAAUGACUUGACUGCCUUAUGAGAUGAGCAAAGACUUGGCUUUAGAAAUGAAUAGUUGGGCAAUCGGUUGACUUGGCCCAGUGGAUGUCACAAAACAUGUUUGUUGUUAAGAGUAAGAUGGUACAUAGUUGGACCUUAUUUUUAUUUUUUUAAACUUGAUAUUUACACUUUCUUUCAUUUAUCUGCUAAUGCUGACUGUUAUUUUGUAAAAUCUUUAAUUGAGUAAUGUAAAUAUGAAUACAAGAUAUUUUUCAAAUAAAUAAAGUGACUAUGAAUAGUA